GCUGCAAGACCUUACCCACGUAAAAUAGAAGAGACAGUGGGGUCUCUGUAAGAAGUAUAAAUACUGGGUUCGAGUCUUACUGAGUAUAUAUCAUGUCGGAUUAUAAAACGCGUUCUCAAGACACUGGCAAAUCAAAUCGUAUUGCUUUGAUAAAAAAGUCUGACGGAAAUCAGCUGUUUAAAAAUGAAAAAUACGAUGCAGCCAUUAUAAAGUACACAGAAGGAUUAUUAUAUGCAAAACCUAACACAAUAGAGAAUGGUACAGACAGGAAUUUUGAAGAUUCCAUGAUAGUUACGUUGUAUUCGAAUCGCUCUGCAUGUUGGUUUCAUUUAAAGAAAUAUGAAUACUGUGUAUGUGAUAUUCAAAGAGCAUUUUUUCAUGGUGGAUGUAAUACUAAUAUUUAUUCAAAACUUGUUUCAAGACUAGUAUGGUCAUAUUGGUACAUUGGUGACUUCUCUAAAUGCGAAUCAACUUUGACCAAGUGGAAAGAUGGAAUUGGUCAUGAGUUGCAAGACAAGUUAAAAAAAGUAAAUAGAAACAAAGAAACAAAAUUUGAAUGGAGAGAAUAUAUUGUAAGGAGAAAAGAAAAGAAAAAAGGUUCAAAUCUGAACAAUGAAAACAAAUCAGUAAGAAAUCUCUCCGCUAAAGUUAAGAUGAACAUAACUCCCCAGAAAGGUCGUCAUUACUUUACCACAUUCAACACGGAAACCAAUGAGUGCCUUUUAGAAGAAGUUGCUUAUUUAGGAGUUUUAAAUCCGGAAUUUUUUUCCACACAUUGCAGUUACUGUUUAACACCUUGUAAAUCAAGUGGGAUACCAUGUCUGGGUUGUUCAUGCACUAUAUAUUGUGAUGAACAAUGCAGAAUAUCAGCAUGGAAGAUUUAUCAUUGGAUGGAAUGUUCAGUAAUUCCUAUGCUUGCUAUAAAGUGUAUGGAAUUACGUGUUGCCGUUCGUGCAUUACUAACCGGUGCUUAUGAGCUUGGGGAAACUCCCCAACAUGAUACAACUCAUACUUGUACUUCUAUAGCAAAGCAUAUUUAUCAAUCUAGAAACAGUUGUGCAGAUUGUUCUGAACCAGUAGGCACAGACCCCAAAGAUGGUGUUUAUAAAUGUGAUUACUGGAGUAUUUUCUGUCUUAAAACGUCAUCUUGUGUAGAAAAAAACAGUGAUUUUAAAAAUGACUGUUCUUGGUUUUGUAUGUUAGUUUCAACAAUAAGAUCUGAGGUUUUUGGUGAAGAAGAAAAUAGAGCCAAAGAUGAUGUUGCCUCUUUAAAAGAACUCUUACAGGAAAUAUUUAAUAGUCUAAACCUGAAGUAUUUAUGCGAAAAUCCAAAUUUUGACAUGGACUUUUUCAGAAAUCGCAUUAAAACUAUUUCUGAAAUGAAAUCACUUUCAAAAAUGUCAAAUGUCAUGACAAAAAUCGAACCUGGCCAACUUACUUCCAUGGGUGAGGUGAUAGAAUAUUUAUUACACCGGCACUAUUUACAAGUUCCAAUUAAUGGACAAAGCAUAUCUUUUGUCACUGAAGAACUGUGUGAUAAUGUAACUGUCACUAGGAGAGACAUUGUUGCUUCUGCUUUCUUCCCAACUAUGAGUAUGAUGAAUCAUAGUUGCGAUUGUAACACAGAUGCUCUGUUUAAUGGUAGCACUGUGACUUUUAGGUCAAACCAGUUUAUUCCGGUUGGAGCCGAAAUCACACAUUGUUAUGGGCCAUCUGUAUUCCAUGCCUCAUUUGAAGAAAGACAGAAAACUCUCAAGGAAAAUUAUUCUUUUGAUUGUGAUUGUACACCAUGUGCCAUGCACAAAUCAGGCAACACUGAUAAGGAGGCUCUUCAUACACAACUAAGAGCAAUGAAAUGUAAACACUGUUGUGGGCCUGUGGAAUUAAUUAAUAAAGAAAGCUCAGUUUUGGGCAAAUGCAUUGAUAUGGCUUGUCAGAAGACUGAAGACUACACGAAAGAAAAAGAUACUUGUAUAAUGUUAAAGAAACGAAUGGACAGAACCCUAUUGCAAGAAUCAAAAGGUGAAAUAACAAUAAAAGCAGCCGUAAAAAAAUUAGAAGAAAUUUCAACAUUACUUGAAAAUGUGGUUUACAAAAACAAUUUUACUCGUGCAAAAGUUUGGGACAAGUUAUCUUUUUUAUUGUGCAAAAUCCAGGACUACGCAAAAGCUGUGUCAAUUCUAGAGCAAAGCAUAAAACUGGUUGCGUUAAAAUUUGGCCCCAAAAGUGUCCAUACAGCUCGACAAAUAUUUUCUCUGACUUCAAUUCAUUUCAUGCUAUCUAAUUACUCUCAGGCAGCGUUUUAUCUCAGGAAAUGUGAACCAAUUUUUUCACGUUUUUGCACACCUGGUAGUAAAGACUAUGAAGACAUGGUUAAUUUGAAACAAUGUUUAAAAACUUUGAAAGUAUAUUGAGUUAAAAAUUACAGUUAUGAUUUAAUGUCAAAUAAGACUUUUGCGUCAUUUUUUGUUUCUACUUUAAUUUUGCUGCUAUUUUUUCCUUUUUCCAUUGAAAUUUAAACUGAAAAACUGCCUUUUUUAUAUAUACUUUUUUUAAUUUUUCUACUGUUAUAUUAGAAAUGCAUUUGAAUUAAAGUUUUUCAAAUACUGCAUGUUUAUAAAUGUACACACCUUUUACCUCUUACCAGGUAUUUAAAUAUUAGGUUGUAGGAUCUGAAACUCUGCAUUUUGAUUAAUAAUGCAAGAAAAAAUAUGGUUAUUUUACGCCCAUUUAUUCUGAGGUUGGCAAAAACUGACACUACACAUAUUUUGUCAAAAUGCCUGAAAAAUAGGACUACUAAUUACUGCACUACACGUACAAUUUCAUUUUCAAUGAACAAAAACAAGAAAAAUGCUGAAAAAAACAAUAUCGUUGUUAAACAAGAAGAGGAAAUUGUCCGAAUACAAGAGAAAAGUGUGGACUGGAACAGAUGGAAACAUUCAUGGAAAUAUUUUAACAUGAUAAUGAAGAAUAAGUUUGCAUCUGCACAUGACCACGCGCUGGCGGCAAGGAGCACGAAAGAGGAUCAGAUUAUCUACUACUUUCGUAACUCUGGGGAGCUUGAGAACUGGUACAUAAUGACAGAUGAAGAUGUAGGGGCUCGGAGCUGGGCUGAAUUGGUUCAAGGCCCGAAUGAGAUGACUGCUGCAUUCCGUGGUUACCUUAAUAACACCCCACCAAAAGAUUAUGUAAUAUC